GACUAUCGAAGUAUCGCAUUCGUGUCGUGAUGCUCUUGACUCCAGAGUUUAGGGUUCAUGGGUUUGAAUGGCUAGUCAUGCCGCGCAUUCCGUGCUCAAUCGAUCGAUCGAUCGAUGGGCGCCAAAUCCCUCCUCGCCAAGAGAUCGAUCCAACAGCAGCAGCGGGAAGGUUGGGAUCAAGAAGAGCCUGCGCCGCGAGAUCCCGACGCCGCAAGAAUGGGCGGAGAUGAAGCGGCUGCUGGAGCAGAUGGAGGCCCGGGAGAUCCAGGCAGAAAUUUCGGCUUGCGCGGCGAUUCUCACGGCUUGUAGCGAUCUGCGAGCUCUUCCCGAGGGUAAGCGCGUUCACGGGCUCGUCAUGAGGGAAUCGCUCCUCCAAGACGAGAGGCCUGACGAAUCGCUGCUGGAAAACAUCGUCAUCCAGAUGUAUCUGCGGUGUGGCUGCACGGAUCUGGCGCUCGAUGUCUUCGAUAGGAUGAAGGACCAGAACGUUGUGGCAUGGACUUCUCUCAUCUCGGCAUUUACCUUUGCCGGGCAUUUUGGCGAUGCGAUGGUCUUGUUCCGCAAGAUGCUUCUCUCGGGGGUCUCGCCGGACAGGAUCACUUUCACAUCGAUUGUCAACACCGCUGGGGCUCUAGGAUCUCUCGGAAAUGCCAGGUUUGUGCACGAAUGCAUUGUAGAGGCUGGAUUUGGAUCUCACACCGUGGUUGGCACUGCAGUUCUUGGGAUGUAUAGCAAAUGCCGGAGCCUGGAGCUCGCGAGAGCGGCCUUCGAGUCAAUCGUAGCUCACGACCGGAUCUCAUACACCGCGAUGAUCACUGCUUACUCGGAGAACUCGUCCAGCGAAGCCUUGGUGCUCUUCCACAAGAUGGUGCUCGAGGGCGUCACUCUGUGCGAUAUAACUUUGGCCUCGGCGCUCAACGCCUGUGGAGAUCCGGCGAUGCUACGCCACGGCAAAGUGAUUCACGGGAUGGCUGGCGAGAAAGGACUCGAGUCGGACAUGGUGGUCGGGACUGCGUUGGUAAACAUGUACAGCAAAUGCGGAGAGAUCCAGCAGGCGAAGGUGGUGUUCGACCGGAUGAUCCAGCGAGACGUGGUUUUAUGGACCGCCAUGAUCGGGGGCUAUGCCGAGAACGGGCAGCCGAGGCUGGCGUUCGAUCUUUUUCGGCAGAUGCAGCAGCAAAGCUCUGUGAGGCCGAACAGGGUCACGUAUCUCACGCUCGCCAACGCGUGCUCGGAGAAGGCAGCGCUUCCAGACGCGAGAUUUCUCCACGCGAAGAUCAGCUCCGAGAAGAUCGACGACCCCGUCACUGGCAGCGCGGUUGUCUCCAUGUACGGGAGGUGUGGGAGCGUCGGCGACGCGAGACAAGCUUUCGAGCAGCUCAAGAACAAGUGCGCGGUGGCCUGGAACUCGAUCAUCGCGGUGCACACCCAGAUCGGCGACGCCGAUGAAUCGCUGGAGCUGCUGGGCCGGAUGCUGCUGGAUGGAUCCAAGCCGGACAGGGUGACUUUCAUCAGCGUUCUCUCGAUGUGUAGCCACGCCGGGAUGGUGAAGCAAGGGUGCGAGAUCUUUACGUCGAUCCGGGAUGAUCACAGGCUUGAGCCGGCGAUGGAGCACUACAGCUGCGUCACGGAUAUGCUGGGACGAGCAGGGUGGCUGGAGGAGGCCGAGAACUUUGUGAAGAAGAUGGGCUUGGAGCCCGACGAUGGGAUCUGGGCGUGCUUGCUUGGAGCGUGUAGAAUGUAUGGCGAUGUCGAGAGGAGCGAGAGGAUCGCAAGGAAAGUUUUGGAGCUCCAGCCUCAUAACAGCGAGGCUUAUGUUGUGCUGUGUAAUAGCCUAAAAGAUUCGUUGAAUAUGCCUAGAUUUUGUCAAUGCAAGCGCCAACCCAAAAGGGUUCUGCACGGGAACGCUGAAGGCAUGGCGAGCAUGAUUUCUUCGCCGAGGGCUUUCGAUGGGGAAGAGGUGGUGCAAGACAGGCUCACCAUCAAGACGCAGAGCUGCUGGGUGACGACUACACCGAGUUUAAUGAUCAUUAGCGGGACUACCUCAGAAAUAUCCCCUCUCUCACAGGAACUGCCCAUGCCGCGGAAGUAUGGCUACAGCGAGGAGUCAAAUCCUUGUUUCGACUUCGAUUUCAAGAAGGUCGAGGCGCCUUUUGACACUGAGAGUCUGGUUAAGGUAGGAAUGUGGAAGACAUGCUUCGCUGGCUGGCCAGGACUUUCCAACGGGGAGCCAGGGUUUUUGAAAGCUCCGGCGAGGCGAGGCGAUCGAAUGGUGCCUGCCCGGGCGCCGAUGCUCCUAGAUGUUUGCUGCAGUAGAAUGGCGGCGAUCCUCAGCGAAGGUGAGACUGGUGUGGAUUAUUCGCGGCGAGAGAGGACAUUUGAUUUGAUCGAUCUAUCAGAUUUUAGCGCGCAGGCGCAGGCGCUGGAUUUGCCUCUCGACUUGCUGUGCAAGAUUUUGCUGGAGCUGCCUCCCCUGGCGCUGCAUUAUUUGGAGCAAUGUGCCUCAGGCUGCCUCAAUGCUGUAACGACUGAGCUCUCUGCUCCAAAUUUCGAUGGCCAGAUAGGAGAUCUUCUUGUACCAGGUAUCAGUUUCUGGUGUCAAGCAUUUUUAUGUUUGUGGAUUAGUUUUGAGUUGCCUGUAGAAAUUCAGAGGCUUUGGUCUCUAGCAUGCGUGCAUCUCGUCAGCAAUAGAAUGCACACGCAAUUUACAAGCUCUAUCGUAGUCGAGCUGUUCUCCCUCUCUUCGCUUGGUACCCUUGAUUUUGCAGACAAUCUGAACCUUGUUCAUUACUUGAAAUGUCUACCACACCUGCACACUUUAAACUUGAGCGACAAUCCAGUGGCCGAUGAGGGUAUCAAGUUGCGUUCCUUGUCCGUUGCAGAUAACAGUUUUGGUAGGAGUGGCUCUGCGGUUCUUGCAAAAUAUCUUCAGAAAAGCGCCGUGAAAGAGCUUGAUAUUUCUGAGAUUGGACUUGGUUCCCUGGGCUGCUCUUCGGAGCUAGCAUCAGCUUUAAUUCAGAACCAGACACUGGAACAUCUGAACAUAAGCAAAAACAGGAUUGCUUUUCCUGGAGCAGAAUUAUUACAUGCAGUCAUCUCCAAAGGUCAGGGUGUACUUACAGACAUCAAUGCGAGCUUCAAUCUUCUCAACGUUGAGGCUAUGAAGCGUCUUGCUUCUGCGCUGCAGACGAAGGCCGCCCUUGGUGGUACUUUUGACAUCAUUUUUUUUAUGGAUCCAUCUCACAUUCUUCGGGCUGCAGGGAGGAUGAAGCGACUAGACUUGCUAGGAAAUCCCGGAAUCCCGCCUCCAGGCGCCAACUUUCUGCAUAUGGACACGCUGGUUUUAGCAUCUUGGCCGACAAGGCUCAAAGGUAAUGACGCCCGACAAAGCAGAGCAGCGGCUACCAGGAUUGCUAGCUCGGAAAUCGAGGCAACUAUAAACAACAAAUUGGGAUGGGUGGAAAAUCUAGCAGAGGCAGUAAAUCAGCUAUACAGCGGCGCUACAGUAAUAGAUCCCGGGGUUUACGUGGAGCUCUUGAAAUGGUCCGGCAGGGAACGGAAUUUAGACGAAGGAAAGCGUGUUCACUCCCACAUCAUGCAAACUGGAUACGAAGGGGAUCGUAUGGUGAUGAACUUGGUGGUGGAGAUGUACGGGAAGUGUGGGGAUGUGGAGCAAGCGGGAAACGUCUUCGAUAGUAUACAGGAUCCCAACGUGUUUUCGUGGACCAUCAUCAUCGCUGCGUAUGCCCAGAAUGGUCAUUGCAUGGAGGUCUUGAGGCUUCUUUCGAGGAUGAACCAGGCGGGUGUCAAACCAGAUGGUUAUACGUUUACAACUGUUCUGGGAGCAUGCACGGCCGUUGGGGCACUCGAAGAGGCCAAGAUUCUUCAUGCAGCUACGAUCUCGAGCACCGGCCUGGACAGGGACGCUGCAGUCGGCACUGCUCUCAUAAAUCUCUAUGGGAAGUGUGGAGCACUCGAGGAGGCUUUUGGAGUUUUCGUCCAGAUCGAUAACAAGGAUAUCGUCAGCUGGAGCUCCAUGAUAGCAGCAUUCGCUCAGAGCGGGCAAGCCAAGUCCGCGAUCCAGCUCUUGAUGCUCAUGGACUUGGAAGGUGUCCGUCCCAACAACGUCACCUUUGUCAAUGUCCUGGAGGCUGUCACGAGCUUGAAAGCCUUCCAAUAUGGCAAAGAGAUCCACGCCCGUAUCGUCCAAGCCGGUUACAGUGACGACGUCUGCCUCACAAGUGCGCUGGUGAAGAUGUACUGCAACUGGGGCUGGGUCGAGACUGCAAGGUCCAUCUUUGAGAGCUCCCGUGAAAGAGACGUUGUUUCCUGGAGCUCGAUGAUAGCAGGCUACUCUCAGAACGAGUCGCCCGCAAGAGCACUGUCACUGUUCCGCGAGAUGGAGGUUGACGGUGUCCAGCCAAACUCUGUCACUUUUGUGAGCGCCAUCGAUGCCUGUGCCGGGGUUGGAGCUCUCCGACGAGGAACGCAGCUCCACGAGCGGGUCCGGUGUCUGGGCCUGGACAAAGACGUCCCCGUUGCGACCGCUCUCGUCAACUUGUAUGGGAAGUGCGGCAGGCUGGAAGAGGCCGAGGCCGUGUUUCUGGGGAUGAAGAAGAAGAACUUGCUCACUUGGACGUCGAUAGCAAUGGCCUAUGGUCAGAACGGGCAUGGAAGCCGGUCACUCAAGCUCUUGCACGGGAUGGAGCUUCAAGGCAUGAAACCCGACGGGAUAGUGUUUGUGGCCAUCCUUGUCUCGUGUAACUACGCCGGGCAGAUGAGCAAGGGACUCCACUACUACAAUCUGAUGACCCAAGACUUCGGCAUUGCUCCAGCAGUGGAGCACUGCGGCUGCAUGGUUGAUAUCCUGGGACGAGCGGGGAAGCUGGAGGCGGCGGAGCAGCUGAUAAACACUAUGAAGUUCGAGUCAAGCCUGGCGUGGAUGAUGCUUCUCACCGCUUGCAAGGCGCACAACGAUACCGCUCGAGCCGCCCGUGCCGCAGAGAAGAUCUUCCAGCUGGAGCCCAAGAACGCGACGCCUUACGUCCUUCUCUCGAGCGUCUUCUGCGCCGCUGGGAGCUGGGAGGCCGCUGAGGAGACGAGGAGGAGGAUGGAUGGCCGGGGGGUGCAAAGGCUGCUGGGAAGGAGCUCGAUCGAGAUCGGGGACAGGGUGCACGAGUUCGUAGCGGCCAGCGAUGUGCUGCCUCACCACUUGGUCGGGGAGAUCUUCGCGGCCUUGGAGAAGCUAGGCAGGGAGAUGCAAGGCGCUGGCUACGUCCCGGAUGCUACUGCGGUGCGCUUGCGGGAUGUGGAGGAGGGUGGCAAGGAGAACGCGGUGCCAUACCAUAGCGAGAUGCUGGCGCUGGGACUGGGGAUCAUCUCCACGCCCGCUGGAACGCCGCUCCGGAUCACCAAGAACUUGAGGAUGUGCUCCGACUGCCAUAUCGCCACCAAGUUUGUGUCCAAGCUCGUCCACCGGCGUAUCAGCGUGAGAGAUGGAAGGCGCCACCACCACUUUGAGAAUGGAGUUUGCUCGUGCGGGGAUUACUGGUAGAAUGGCAAGAAUCUCGGCUGUGGAGAUUAACGUUUAUGUAUGGCCUGAUGCGUUGACCUUAUUUAACUUUACAUUGACUUUCUUGGCUUUG